UGGACUGCUUGUAACAGUUUUCUACCCCUUCUCAAACUUCUGUCCCUACCCAGUUUGUAGUCUUAUAACACAAAACAAAAAUUCAGAGACUAUGUUAACAGUUCCUAGUCAUACCGAACAGAUUCUACCUCAGAGCUAACCGCCGCCCUUUGGAUGAACUUCCGUUUCCGGUUACUUAGUUGCCUUGGAAACUAGCACGCGCCACAAUUUUGGCGGCUAUGGCGUGGCAAAGCAGCUCGAAAGUUCCCGACGGUGAGUUCACAGCGGUGGUGUACAGGCUCAUCCGCGACUCCCGCUACUCAGAGGCGGUGCAGCUGCUGAGCGCAGAGCUGCAGGGGAGCCCCCGCAGCCGCGCAGGGCUGUCGCUGCUGGCCUACUGCUACUACCGCCUGCAGGAGUUCGAGCUCGCUGCGGAGUGCUAUGAGCAACUGAGCCAGAUGCAUCCGGAACUCGAGCAGUACCGCCUGUACCAGGCCCAGUCGCUCUACAAGGCCUGCCUGUAUCCAGAGGCCACCCGGGUCGCCUUCCUCCUGGACAGCCCCACCUAUCAGACUCGAGUCCUUCGUCUGCAGGCUGCUAUCAAGUACGGUGAAGGGGAUCUCCCAGGAGCCAGGAGCCUGGUGGAGCAGCUGCUGAGUGGGGAAGCUGGAGAAGACAGUGGAGGGGAGAAUGACCCAGAUGGCUUGGUCAAUAUGGGUUGUCUGCUCUACAAGGAGGGACACUAUGAAGCUGCCUGUUCCAAGUUCUUAGCGGCCCUGCAGGCUUCUGGUUACCAGCCUGACCUUUCCUACAACUUGGCUUUAGCCUAUUACAGCAGUCGGCAGUAUGCGCCUGCUCUGAAGCAUAUCGCUGACAUCAUUGAGCGUGGCAUCCGUCAACACCCAGAACUAGGUGUGGGCAUGACCAUUGAAGGCAUUGAUAUUCGUAGUGUCGGCAACACUGCAGUCCUUCAUCAGACUGCUCUGAUCGAAGCCUUCAACCUCAAGGCAGCCAUAGAGUACCAGCUGAGAAACUUUGAGGUAGCCCAAGAAACCCUCACUGACAUGCCACCCAGAGCAGAGGAAGAGUUGGACCCCGUGACCCUGCACAACCAGGCUCUGAUGAACAUGGAUGCCAAGCCCACAGAGGGCUUUGAAAAGCUCCAGUUUCUGCUCCAGCAAAACCCCUUCCCCCCAGAGACCUUUGGCAACCUGCUGCUGCUUUAUUGUAAAUAUGAGUAUUUCGACCUGGCAGCUGAUGUUCUAGCAGAAAACGCCCACUUGACUUACAAGUUCCUCACACCCUAUCUCUAUGACUUCUUGGAUGCUAUGAUCACUUGCCAGACAGCUCCUGAAGAGGCUUUCAUUAAACUUGAUGGGCUAGCAGGCAUGCUGACGGAGCAGCUCAGGAGACUCACUAAACAAGUUCAAGAAGCAAGGCAUAACAGAGACGAUGAAAUUAUUAAAAAAGCUGUGAAUGAAUAUGACGAAACCCUUGAGAAGUAUAUCCCUGUACUGAUGGCCCAGGCAAAAAUCUACUGGAAUCUUGAGAAUUAUCAAAUGGUGGAGAAGAUCUUCCGCAAAUCUGUGGAAUUCUGUAAUGACCACGAUGUGUGGAAGCUGAAUGUGGCCCAUGUCCUCUUCAUGCAGGAAAACAAGUACAAGGAGGCCAUUGGUUUCUAUGAGCCCAUUGUCAAGAAGAAUUAUGAUAACAUCCUGGGUGUCAGCGCUAUCGUGUUAGCCAACCUCUGUGUUUCCUACAUUAUGACAAGUCAAAAUGAGGAAGCUGAGGAGCUGAUGAGGAAGAUUGAGAAGGAGGAGGAACAACUCUCCUAUGAAGACCCGGACAAGAAAAUCUACCACCUUUGCAUUGUGAAUUUGGUGAUAGGAACCCUUUAUUGUGCCAAAGGAAACUAUGACUUUGGCAUCUCUCGGGUUAUCAAGAGCCUGGAGCCUUACCAUAAGAAGCUGGGAACUGAUACGUGGUACUAUGCCAAAAGAUGCUUCCUGUCCUUACUGGAGAACAUGUCAAAGCACAUGAUAGUUCUUUGUGAUGGCGUUGUUCAAGAAUGUGUCCAGUUUCUAGAGCACUGCGAGAUUUUUGGUAGAAACAUCCCUGCUGUUCUCGAACAACCCUUGGAGGAAGAAAGAAUUCACACUGGAAAGAAUACAGUCACUUAUGAGUCCAGACUGUUGAAAGCUUUGAUUUAUGAGAUCAUAGGGUGGAAUAUGUAGUACAUUCUGUUAAUGACUUUUACAACAAAGGCUUUGUUAUGUUGGCACUGUGUUUCAACUCUAAGCUUUAACAUUCUCACACUCUUUACAUGUUGCACAUUGUCUACCUUAAAUGUUUAUUCAAUUAAAUACAGCUUUUCCUGAUGAGAAACUCCACCAAAUGAACGUAACCAAUGAACCCAGAAGCACUUAUUUAAAAUUUGAGAACUGAAUGAGGAAGCACCAUCCAGUCGGGUUUAUAACAUCCUUUCAUUGCUGUUUCACACUUUGCUUUAUUGCUAGUGUGCUGUCUGUGAACACCAUCAUGUUAUCCAUGGAGGACAAGUAUCGAACAUGAGCCUUAGUUACAAGACACUUGGACUUUCGAGGUCGUUUCAGGGAUUACACGUUCUGCUUUAGCUCACCCUCAUUAUUUGUAGUGCAGAAGUUUUGUACACUUGUGGACUUUAAAGUUUUUUUCAGUGUCUUGGCAUUUUUUAUUUUUUAAAGAAGUAACAUUUAACAAAAGUCUUCAUGUUGUUAGUGGCUCUUUUGUAGAAUGUGCAAAAUCCAGUGUGAAAUUUUGCUCCUAAAUAAAAAACUACAGUGCGGUGGUUUGAAGCUAAUAAACUGAGAAAUAUCUGAUGUUUUACUGUU